AUGUCGGAAACCUAUUUCAACCUAGGGUCCUACCAUUGCCCUGUAACAACCAGUUCCCCUCAGGCCCAGGCAUGGUUCGACAGAGGCCUCAUCUGGAGCUAUGCAUUCAAUCAUGAAGAGGCCAUAGCAUGUUUCCAACGAGCCAUCGAUGCCGACCCUACCUGUGCAAUGGCAUACUGGGGUCUAGCCUACGCGAUUGGUCCCAAUUAUAACAAGCCAUGGGGCUUCUUUGACGAGAAAGAGCUGAAGCAAGUCGUAUACCGAGGCUAUCAUGCUGCCCAAUCUGCCUUGGCUCAUAUUGAGCAAGCCUCGCCGUUGGAGGCAGCCUUUGUAAAAGCUAUUCAAGCCCGCUAUCCGGACGAAGUGCCGGUCAAGACAUUCGAAGAAUGGAAUGCGAGUUUCGCGGAGGAAAUGAAAAGUGUGCAAAGGGACUUCCCUCAGAGCCUUGACGUCGCGACUAUCUAUGCUGACGCCCUUAUGAACCUGAAGCCAUGGCAAUUGUGGAGCUUAGAAACCGGGGAACCUACGGAAGGAGCGCCGACACUGGAAGUCAAGCAGAUUAUCGAUGAUGCUUUAGCAGGGAUCCCCGGCGCCCUCGGGCACCCUGGGCUGUUGCAUCUCUAUAUUCAUCUCAUGGAGAUGUCACCCUCGCCCGAAUCUGCCCUUCCGAUCGCCAAUCGCCUUCGUGGGCUUGUGCCGGAUGGGGGUCAUCUGCAGCAUAUGCCGACCCAUCUCGACAUUUUGUGUGGGAAAUACGAAGAUGCUAUUACCUGGAACACUGCUGCUAUUGCAGCCGAUGAGAAAUAUGUCAAGGAGGUCGGGCCCCUGAAUUUCUAUACUCUCUACAGGUCUCACGACUAUCACUUUUGUGUAUAUGCUGCUAUGUUCUCGGGGAAGUUCCAGGUCGCGAUCGACACAACUGCAAAACUUGAGGCAUCGAUACCUGAAAGUCUACUGCGAGUCGAAUCGCCGCCAAUGGCAGACUGGCUAGAGGCAUUCUUGUCCUUAAGAGCACACGUCCUUAUUCGAUUUGGGCGCUGGGAUGAUAUCAUAUCGCUCCAAAUCCCCGAAAAUCAAGGACUCUACGCCAUGACCACGGCAAUUACCCAUUAUGCCAAGGGUGUUGCUUUUGCCGCGAAAGGAAAUGUUGAUGAGGCAUCAAACCAACAGCAGCUGUUCGAGCAGGCUGUUGGCCGGGUUCCGGAAUCACGCACCCUGUUCAAUAAUACAUGCUUAGAUAUUCUAGCCAUUGCGCGGGAAAUGUUGAAGGGAGAGCUGCUUUACCGCCAACGGCUGUUUGACGCGGCCUUCGAGAGCCUCCGCUCGGCUAUCCAUCUAGAAGACAAUCUCCCGUAUGAUGAGCCGUGGGGCUGGAUGCAGCCAACCCGGCACGCAUAUGGAGCUCUUUUGUUGGAGCAGGGCCACGUUGAGCAGUCCCUUGAGGUUUACAGAGCUGAUUUGGGCCUUAGUGAGACUCUUCCCCGAGCUCUACGGCAUCCUAACAAUGUAUGGGGUCUUCAUGGAGCGCACGAAUGUUUUCUGAAGCUGGGGCGUGAUGCGGAAGCUCGGGACCUUGAGCCUCUUCUGUCAAGAGCCACUGCUGGCGCUGAUGUUCCAAUCUACGCAUCCUGCUUCUGUCGUCGGGCAGACGGUCACCAAGGCAGUGUUACGUGUGGCGGCCGCAAUUAA